CCGAAGCUCCGCAAUUACAACCCAUUUAUUCACCACAAACCGCUCGCCGGACAGCGUCCAUUGUCGUGUGGCUUCCUAUUAUUGCUGGUUCGCAACUCCCAACUUUUCAUGCAUUGCCAUGCGCAUCCGCAUCGAUAUCAGCCGAUUUCCGCCCGUGCACUGUUCACUUUUUUGAGCAUCGAGACCAUGCAGGUAUCUAUCAUGAAGCUCAUCAGCACCAUUCUCCUCGCCUCCACCGCCGCCGCCCUCAAGCAGCGCGCCGCGCCGAUGAAGGCGCUCCAGGUCCCGCGCGGCGGCGGCAUGGUCGAGAAGUCGCAGGCGCUCACCGUCACGAAGGCGCCGUGCCGCGUCCUUGCACGCGUACGCCCCCGCCGAGGCCGCGACUGAUGCCUACGCGUGCACGCCCCCGCCGCGGCCGCGACUGAUGCCUACGCAUCGCAGGUUGUCUUCGGCCUCUACGCCGCGCAGAUGCUGCUCGUCCCGGACUUCAUGAUGACGCAGAACUUUAAGAUGAAGAUGGACAAGUACCACACGUUCAUUACGCGCAUCUCGGGCCUCGGCUGGCUCGGCAUGCUCAAGUGCCUCGGCGCCAUGGAGGAGGACGACGCCUUCAACACGUCCUUCAUCGUCUCCAUCAUCUGCACGAUUAUCGCGCCGGUCAACGCCGAGAUGAACCUCGAGUGCAACACGGCCCACGGCGCCGUGUACGUCCUCUUCCCGAUCCUGCUCGGCGCGCACGCGCUCGCGAUGUAGAGUCGAUAUUAGAAGUCGAUAUCUGACGCGAGCUCUCUCCGUCGCGCACACCGGGAGAGCGACUAAGUACCACCAUCUCCACACAAUUCUGUAUUACUGCACGCGACCUCUA